AUGUUUUUUGUUUUCUUACUUUUCUCAGAGACAUAUUGCAGAAACCUCACAUAUGAAGGUAUAAAGAUCAAAUACGGACUUGACAGAAAUGGUUAUGCCUACUUUGGUUCGCGUUACAACCCGACCAACGCCACAAAUUUGACUUUUGAUGGCAAGUUGUUACUUCCAGAAGCCAUUCGUAUCAAAAAUAUGACAUUCUCAUUCAAGCUAAUCUGUGAACGUGCCUUUGCAAACAUUCCGAUGAAAUCAAUUUUUUUACCUACAACAUUAGAGUGGAUAGCAGCAUCAGCAUUCGAGAAUUGCACUAAACUAGAAGAAGUAGAUGCAUCUGAAACGAAUAUAAGUGUAAUUGAUGAUAGAGUUUUUAGAAAUUGCUCAAAUCUAAAAAUAUUUAAAUUUCCAAAAGUAAUAUCAGUCAUAGGAGCUAGAGUAUUCGAAUAUACGUUAAUUCAAGAUAUCCAAAAUAUGAAAUUUACAGGUAUUGAUGAUUUUACAUUUGCAAACAACCCAAAUCUCAAGAUUGCAGAUCUCUCUUCAUCAUCAAUCAAAAUAAUACCAACAUCACUAUUCGAAAAUUGUACAAGUUUGUCCAAAAUCUUUCUUCCAAAAAAUUUAUUUUGGAUAAAAAGUUUUGCAUUUGCUAAUACGAAUAUAAGUGAAGUACUGAUACCGCAAGAGUUAACUCUUAUACACAAAUACGUUUUUUCUUCAUGUCAUCGUAUAGAAAAAGCAGAUUUACGAAAAUGUCCUGUAAAAUGCGUCAGUGAUGGACUUUUCCACAAUUGUGUUAAUCUAAAAGAAGUAAUAUUACCAGAAGUAUGUUACUGGGUUGGUUCUCGAGCUUUUUUCAAUACAAAAAUAAAAAAUGUUGAAAUUCCAGUUGAUUGUUACAGUAUUGGCGAAUAUAGCUUUGCACAAUGUCCGUACUUGGAAUCCGUUGAUAUGUCGAACAGCGUGGUCGAAGAACUCUUAGAAGGAGCUUUUUUCAAUAGUUCGAAAUUAUUUAAACUGAAAGUGUCGAAACAACUAAGUAGUUUAGGCGCUGAUGUGUUCUAUAAUACAGAUAUUAAAGAUCUAGGCGAUCUGUUGAAUAUUUCCCACAUAAAUUCUUCAACUUUCCGGAAUUCCAAAAUUGAGACCCUAAAUUUACAAAAAUGUCCGAUCAAACAUAUCCCUGAUUACGCAUUUUACCAGAACAAGUACAUUCGAACGGUAAAUUUGCCAAAUACAACAAUAUCAAUAGGGAAAUAUGUUUUUUCUGAGACAUUAAUAGAUAAUAUCUCUCUUGCUGCUAGUAUACUAUCAAUUGACGAAGGAUCUUUCAUGAAUUGUCAAAAAUUAUAUGAGAUAUAUUUGACAAUGCCGAAUCUGACCUUGUUGAUGCCAUAUAUGUUUGCCAAUUGCCAGAAUCUUGUGGUUGUCCGUAUUUCUAAACACCUUCAUGCCUUGAAAAACGCUUGUUUCUUUAAUUGUUCGAAUUUAGAAUGCGUUUAUGGCUCUAGACGUCUUAGAAUCAUUGGACCAUAUUCAUUCUACAAUUGUACAUCUCUUGUUGAAGUCAAUUUCUCAAAAAUUGCUGUUCAUUACAUUGAUGAAUCUGCAUUUGAGAAUUGCGUCAAUUUAACAAAGUUUACAAUGAAUUUCCAGACAAUAGGUACUGGUCCUAAGGCGUUUGCCAACACAAACCUCACUUCAAUGGAAUUUUUCCAUUCAAUUGGAACAUUUUGCUUGGCAAACUGCAAAAAUCUUGUUACAGUGGUCUUAAACCGCAGUACAUUGACUGUACUGAAUUCUGCGUUGUUCGACCAAUGUAUUUCUUUGAAAACUGUUUAUUUACCGAAAAUGAUCACUUAUAUUGGUCCAACAGUGUUCAGAGGGUGCACGAAUCUGCAGGAAAUAUAUUAUAAAGGUCAAUGCCAUAUAAAAUUCGCUGCUUUACCUGAUUCAGCGAAAGUUUUUGUGACUUCGAAAUAUAAUUCCACAAAAUUUGGUAACAAGUCUGUUAUUGUUAUUUAUAAAGAAUAA